CAUGGGAUCUGGUAAAACAUACUUGGUCCACAACCGCUCAGGAAAUCAUCUUCCAGAGGUGGACCAGCAGUCUGCAAUGAGGAGGAAUGACACAUACAUCCCUGUCCCCCUCAGUGAUAAAGGGAUCGACAUCAUCAAUAUCAAGACCAUUGAGGAUAUUGGAUAUGUCCAGCAGGAUUCCAUUCUUCUCAAGUCUCUGUCUCCUGAGGAGAACACACAGUCCCGGCAGGGACUGUACUUCCAGGAUGGUGAACGGCGGGUGGACUACGUCCUCACCUACCACGUGAAGAAGCCCAGCACAGCCCGCUCACGCAGACGCUCCUCGCGCCUCACUGACAAUGCCCUCACGCGCAGCCUGAGGCGCAGCCGGGGGCCGCCCCCCAGGGAGGACCCCGAGAUUGGUGCCCAGGAGCACCGCGUGGACUACCAUGAGGAUGACAAGCGGUUCCGCCGUGAUGAGUUUGAGAACAACUUGCGGGAGAUGGGCCUGGAGUUGGAGAAGGAUGAGGAUACCAAAACUCCUGGAGUGGGGUAUGUGAAGAUUCACGCUCCCUGGCAUGUGCUCUGCCGAGAAGCAGAAUUCAUGAAGCUCAAAAUGCCCACCAAAAAAGUCUAUGAGGUCAAGAAGGGAAGUGAUUUGAUGGAGAAGAUCAACACAUUCAUCAGCAAAGUGACAGAACCCCUGCACCCAAAUGUAGAGGAAACCAGGAUACACAAUGUCAAACACCUAUCCUACCCUUUCUCCAGAGAAAAACAGCACCUGUUUGACUUGUCUGACAAAGACUCAUUUUUUGACAGCAAAACAAGAAGUUCAAUAGUUUUUGAAGUGUUGAAACGCACAAAAUGCACUAAAGCCAAAUACAGCAUGGGAAUUACCAGCCUACUUGGGAAUGGGGUUUACACAGCCGCCUAUCCUUUACAUGAUGGGGACAUAGAUGGUGAAAACACAGACCCCAAUGACAGGAAGCUUCUGUACGAAGAGUGGGCGAGUUAUAGUGUAUUCUACAAGUACCAGCCAAUCGGUCUGAUCAGGAAGUACUUUGGGGAGAAGAUCGGUCUCUACUUUGCCUGGCUGGGGGUGUACACCCAGAUGCUGAUCCCUGCCUCCGUGGUGGGGGUUAUCGUCUUCCUGUAUGGCUGUGCCACGGUGGAUGAUGACAUUCCCAGCAUGGAGAUUUGUGACCCGAGGCAUAACAUCACCAUGUGUCCACUCUGUGACCGGGUCUGCAGCUACUGGAAGCUGAACACAGCCUGCGGCACGGCGAGGGCCAGCCACCUCUUCGACAACCCUGCCACAGUCUUCUUCUCCAUCUUCAUGGCCCUAUGGGCUGCCAUGUUCAUGGAACACUGGAAAAGAAGACAGAUGAGGCUCAACUACAAAUGGGAUCUUACAGGUUUCGAAGAAGAGGAGGAAGCACUGAAGGACCACCCACGGGCUGAGUACGAGUUCCGUGUCAUGCAGAAGUCCCUGCAAAAGGAGCAGAAGACCCACAAGAAGCCUUCGGAACUAGUGGAGGAGCCUACAAACAAAUGGAAGCAAACUGUUCAGACUGCCAUGGCGGGGCUUAAACUGACAGAGAAAGAAAAACUGACAUGUAGAGAUAGAUUCCCUGCAUAUAUGACCAACAUAGUCAUGAUGUUGCUAAUGAUUGGUGUGACGUUUGCCAUCGUGUUCGGGGUCAUCCUUUAUAGGAUAUCCACCAAGGCUGCCCUGCAUAUGAGCUCCAACCCCACCACCCGCUCCAACGUGCGGCUGACUGUUAAGACCACUGCUGCCAUCAUCAACCUGGUGGUCAUUCUCAUCCUGGACGAAGUGUAUGGAGCAGUUGCCCGUUGGCUUACCAUCCUUGAGGUGCCAAAGACUGACAAGAGCUUUGAGGAGAGACUGAUCUUUAAGACCUUCAUCCUCAAAUUUGUGAAUGCCUUCACUCCCAUUAUUUACAUAGCAUUCUUUAGGGGCAGACUUGUUGGUCACCCAGGAAGUUAUCUGUAUGUUUUCGAGUCAUAUCGGAUGGAGGAGUGUGCUCAUGGGGGCUGCCUGAUGGAGUUGUGUAUCCAGCUCAGUAUCACCAUGCUGGGCAAGCAGCUCAUUCAGAACAACCUGUUUGAGAUUGGCAUCCCAAAACUCAAGAAGCUCAUAAGAUACAUCAAGUCAAAGAGGAGCUCUUUUCAGGAGGAGGAGCGAGAGAAGAAACUACAGCGCUAUGAGACGGACCACUUCCUGGAUCCAUUUGCUGGCCUUACCCCUGAGUACAUGGAGAUGAUCAUCCAGUUUGGGUUUGUAACCCUGUUUGUGGCGUCGUUCCCCCUGGCACCGCUGUUCGCCCUGCUCAACAACAUCAUCGAGAUCCGCCUGGAUGCCAAGAAAUUUGUGACAGAGCUGAGGAGACCUGUAGCAGCCAGAGCGAAAGACAUUGGUAUCUGGUACAAUAUUCUCAGAGGGAUCGGCAAAGUGGCAGUCAUCGUGAAUGCGUUUGUGAUCUCAUUCACGUCAGACUUCAUCCCACGUCUGGUCUACCAGUACAUGUACAGCCCGGAUGGCUCCAUGCAUGGCUUUGUCAACCACACCCUGUCCUACUUCAAUGUCAGCCAUUUCCAGGAACGCACCCAGCCCAAUCAGCCCCUGCACCUUGGGUACCGGGUGGAGAUAUGCAGGUACAAAGACUACAGGGAACCACCAUGGUCACAAACCCCAUAUGAAAUCUCCAAGGAGUUCUGGGCUGUGCUUGCAGCCCGACUGGCUUUUGUAAUCGUCUUUCAGAACGUGGUGAUGCUGAUGAGUGACAUUGUAGACUGGCUAAUCCCAGACAUCCCCAAGGACAUCAGCCUGCAGAUCCACAAGGAGAAGAUCCUGAUGGUGGAGCUCUUCAUGAAGGAGGAGCAGGGGAAGCUGCAAGUCCUGGAGAGCAUGACCCCACGGGGCAGUAAGGAUGCCUGCAACAACCGCAGUCCCAUGCCCCGACCACGUUCUACCCCACAGGCGCACACUAACAGUAAUGACUAACAGCGCCUACACGUCCGUCUUUCUGUCUAUCUGUCCGCAUUCUUUUCUUUGUCCGGACAUUCCACAGAAUGAGAGGUAGAUACUCACACAGAAGAAGCUGGGACAGGACUGGCUACCGUCACCACAGCAACACGGCUUUCCAUCAUUGCCGAUCACUGUGGAUUCACAGUGUGUUUCACAAGCUGUGAUCUCGAGACUAUGGUGGACCACAUUAUGAGCAGAGAGGGGGGACUUUCUUUUUUUGCACAAAACAAUCCAAUGCAGGCAGGCAGAUCUUUUGAAAUGCACUGUUUGCCCUGAACUUUGAGUGCAUUUUUACAUUAGCUGCUUUUUGAACGGGAAGCACAUCUUGCAGUCUGCCUCGCUGAUAACAUAAUCUUAUCAUGAAUAGAUACAACAUCCUAUUAGUUUGCAUUCAGAUUGUCCCUUUUUCAGUUAUGUGAUAUUUGCACUGAUUAUCAUUGGUUUAAUUGUUUUAGGAGGUAAUUGACUUUUAAAAAAAUUAUACAAACUAUGUUUUAAAAAAUAACAUUGUUUUCCUUUCACUCUUGUCACAUGGAUUUACAAGGAGAUGGCAUGAACCCUGAUUCUAGAGAGACAUGAAUAUUUUAUGAAGAUUUUAGAAAGUUUUGUGUUCUUUUGUAGUUAUGCUAAAAUACAUUUUAAUCUUGAAAAUAUUUUUCAAUGCUGUAUAAAAAUUAUAGUGCCAACAUUUUGAAUUAUUCUGGAACUGAAAUGAGCCCAAUCAAAUUUUUGUAAUCACUUUUUUUGAAGAAAAAAAAAAAAAAAAAAAAAACACCAUGUUCAUGAAAAAAAAUGAAAAACCUUGUUUUAACAAAUACACAACAAAGUGUUUUCCAGCAUGUUAUAGUUGAAUGUAUUUUCAUUCAUCAGCAUAACACUGACCACACUGAGUGAUUCAUGGCAUUGUUUUGUAAAAUACCAAAGAACUACCAUAAUAAUACUGCCUUGAAUAUGUCAGAAACACACCGUUAUCUUCCUUGUAAAUCUAUUUGAUAAUUUGUCUUAGAAAUGGCAGGAGUCACCUUUGUGCAAAUUAAUGUUCAUUUCACUCUGUGGGGGGUUGAUGGGCACAGAAAGACUGAAUGGCAUUUUUCACUAUAUAGUCCUUCAUCAUACUUCAAAAGACUUCUCAUUGAAGCAAGUGUCAAAACUGCAUUUUACACCCAUCUUUAAAGAACAAUAAGCUAAAGAACAUGAAAGGCACCAAGGGCUGUAUUCUGAAAAAAAAAGAGUAAUCUAAGUUCUCAUUUCUAUAUUUCUUUAGUAUAACUGAAAUUGGAAUGGAAAUUCAUUUUAAAGUCCAAGAUUCACAAUAUAUUGGAUUUAAGAUGAACAGAAAAUAUAAAUAUCAAUAAAACAUUAAAA